AUGCAGAAUCUUCUCUACCAGAUGAAUCCCAACAUGUUCAACCAGUUUGUCCAGAAGUUUCCACAGGGAGUUCCUCUUAUGUUCCAGCAGGGUGGUCAGCCACCCAUGGCAGCUCAUUUAGCUUCUGAGUUUGAUGAGGAAGAUUGCAUUGUUUAUCCAAGAGAGUACUGUCCUCCGCUUAAGGCUGCUAAGCUCAAGAAGCAGAUUCAGAAUUUCCAGCAGUUUGGCAAUGAGAGUCUCUACAAGGCUUGGAAGCGGUUCAAAGAGUUGAGGAGGCAUUAUUGUCCUAAGAAUUUGAUGACUUCAGGAGAUUUCAUCUCAUCAUUCUAUGAGGGGUUGCUAGAUAGUGCGAAGACCAUACUUGAUACCUCAUCUGUUGGAGGUAUUUUCAUUGAUAUUGGUCCUGAUUAUGGUGAGCAGUUGAUUCAGAGAAUCACUUCGAAUACUGCCUACUGGUACAAUGAGAGGAGUGAUCCACCGAAGAAAAAGAAGCGAAUUGGGAUGUUUGAAGUAGAGGACAAGAUGGCAAUGCAGGCUCAGUUGGAUUCUAUCCAGCACAUGCUCAAGCGGAUGAUGCAGGUUCCUCUUGUAGCUUGUUGUGCAGUUUGUGGUGGCAAUCAUGCUUCUCAGACUUGCUAUCUGUUAGAUCCUAGUAGUCAAGUUCCUCAUCCCAAUGUGGAGCAAGUUGAUAUGGCUUUCAUAGAAAUCAAUGGAACAUGGGUGGAAAUCAAGGAUAUCAGUGGAGGAAUAACUAGAAUCAGAAUCAAGGAUAGUUUCAGCAAGGCAAUCAAGGCUACGGGUAUGGUCAAGACCAAGCAAGGAGGUGGUAACCAGAAUCCUAAUCAAGCUUCAUCUUCAAGUGGUAGACUUUCUGCUAGUACAGAGAACCCAAGACAUCAAGUGAAUGCAGUCACCACUAAGAGUGGAUUAGCUUUAAAGGAUCCUCUUUUUCCUUCUGAUGGUCCAUUACCUGAGAGAACUGAUAAGGGGGAUGAGGAAGUUCAGGUUGAGGAUGUUCCUGAUGAGAGUGAGGAGGAGCCUGUGUUUCAGAGAGAUAGUUCCAAAGGAAAUGCUCCAGUGCAAGACAAGGGUGCCUCGAGCAAGAAGAAUGAGAGCAAAAACAAGAAGGCAGAUGACUCGGUUGUACCUUGCAACCUCAACAACUCAGAUUCCAUCAUACAAGAAGUUCCUGAAAACAUUUUAGGCAACAAGAAGAAGCCAGAGAAGAGUGCGGUGGUGGAUUUAAGCGAGGGAGCAUUGACUUGUGCAAAUCUUCAACAUAAACUGCCUCCUAAGCUGAAGGAUCCAAGUAGUUUUGUCAUUCCUUGCAUCAUUGGCGGUUUUGUAGUAGGUGGUGCUUUGUGUGAUUUGGGUGCCAGUGUUAGCCUUAUGCCAUAUUCUCUUUGGAAGAGGCUUAACCUGGGCACACCAAAGCCCACUACUAUAACCCUACAGAUGGCGGAUCAUUUCAUUAAGCGUCUAGUGGGAGUGCUUGAGGAUGUCCCGGUGAUGGUUAAUCGGUACUUUAUAUCGGGGGAUUUCGUUGUCCUGGAUAUAGAGGAGGAUGCCAAGGUUCCUAUUAUACUUGGUAGGCCUUUUCUAGCUACUGUUCGAGCACUCAUUGAUGUGAGGAGAGGGAAACUGGUAAUGGAAGUGGCUGAGAACAAGAUCGAGUUUGACAUAUUCAAGAUGGCAAAACACCAGUCCUCGUAUGUUGAUGAGUGUUAUUUGGUAGAUGGGCUGGGGGAGUGCACUGAUGAGAAGAGAAAGAAUGAGCUGGGGGACUUGCACGUUUCCCCUGUUAAUCCUGAACCUCCUGAAGAAACAUGUGCUCUAAAACGUGGGAGAAAGUUCUUUGGUCCUGAUGGUUUCUAUAAGAGAUGGAUGAAGGAGCUCUCUAAGUUCAAAAGGCCACCAGAUCGUGUGGUUUCCAAUCACACUUGA